CAGAAUAACAAAUUUGCGAUGGAUGCUGGGGCAUUAACACACAACACUCCCCUCGAACGAUGAUCUGGCGAGAUUCUCCACUGCAACCCAAGACUGGCACCUGUAAAGUGAGAGUUGCGGCUCCACAACCAAGAAAUACUUAUACCUUCAAUUUCUGGGUCUGGCACUCGCACCCUCUUACCCUCACCCCUCUACAGCCUCCACUCACUCCGCCCCCUCAUACUCAUGUGCCCAACCCAAGACACGACGAGUCCCACGUCGCUUCGAGUACUACAUAAUUAACACCUUGUUUGAUCCUCGACGGUCUCGCUCUUUUAUAUUGCCAUAAUCACAUUCCCGAUGGGCAGAAAUUCCCUCAAACUGAUAGUCGGUCAGCCAAGCUGUUCGCGAUGGACGAAACUCCCCCGGAGAGCCUUGACGGCUCCUCGAUAGUAUGCGGACUGCUCUUGUUUUCUUUGUAUAGAACAGCUUCUGACAAUACACGAACAGAAACCCGUGUCCUCCCUUCGAUCGCAUUUUGAGCAAAUGGCCAAUGCCAAAACCGCGAAUGCCAACUCCAACUCCAACUCCACCUCACCCACUGGGGCACCAAAACUAAACAACCCAAGCAAUGGAACGGGAGAGAUUGUGAGGCAGCUUACGGGCAGGCAAGAUGGGUUGAAGGCUACCGCAGACGUACAGCCAAGCAGCCGUGGUCGGGAAAGGGAAUUUGAAGAUGCUACACUUAAACCAUUUCGAGUCAGUUCCGCAAAUCCCUCGCCGUCACCUACUCGAAGUCCUCGAAUAAAAGUACCAGCUCCUCCUCCAGCGGUUACUAUACAACCUCCGCUGUCUCCUCCAAAAGUAAAACCUCUGAAUCUGAACAUCGCGAGCGCAGCCAACCAUCUUUCAACCGACGCACCCAAGUCCGCUCCCUUUGGAGCCUCUUCCCCAAAGCAUUUUCGAAUACCAAGUAGACCACACACACCCCAGAUAGACGCCAGAAAAUCUCCCUCGCUCACCCCUGCUCAACCUCCAUCACCGCCACCUCCUCGGAGGUCUGGUGAAUUGAUGCGACGAGAUUCUGCAUUCAAGCCUCUCCCACCGCCCGUCAAUAGAGCCGAAAAGCCUAAGAUUGCAAGUAAACCAGCUUCGCUUGGGAACAGGUCAGAACCUGCGCCAGCUGUAUCUCCAUUUGAUGACGAACGAGUUUCGCCAUUUGGAACUCCUCCACGUAAUAAGAAUACUCUUGAGGAGUCACCCAGACCACUUUCGCCCCGUACGCGACCUGCUCCAAAGACCACAGCGGCAAUGCGGGCAUUUGAUCCUCCCCCUGUACAUCAUACAACGAUAACUAGAAGAAAAGAACAAGAGAAUAAUGGAAUUGGCAGAGGGCUUCUCUCCCCUCAAGUAACAGGUGAUCAGCGGCCGGCAUUGCCAUCCCGACCUGCUCAUGCACCUGAGAUUUCAAGCCCUCGACCACAUUCUAUGAUGCCACCACCCCCGCGGCCACCACCUGUAGACCGUACGACACGCCCUGUUGUAAAUACCGUGGUAGCAGUGGAAAGUUCUACAGAUUUUGCAACACCUCCCAAGAGAGUUGUCUCAACUCCAACCACUACUCAGCCAACGCCUCAGCUACAGACUCCUCCACGAUCUCAUGGACGAUCCAUGACGGUUGAUCGCACGUCUGAUAGAACACCUGCUGAAUUUCGAACCCCGCCUGUGGCCCGAUUUGAACCGCGGAAAUCAAGUGAUACAGCUCCUGUAACGUCCAACAUGGCUCAUACUUUGACCCAAAAUGUCCAAAGUGUUGCCGACUAUCCUGAUGCAUCCCUAUCAAAUCGAAGACCUCCAACUUUCAAGACUGGUGCCUACGAAAUAUCAACUAAAUACGACACUAGACUUGUCGAUAUAUGUGGAGAAUUUGUGUGCACUUCCGGGCCCCUCACUCGUGUAUGGAGUGUGCAUGAUGGGUCGAUCGUUAUGAGUCUUGCUCAUACUGAAGGAAUUAAAAUAGUCUCAAUAGCAUUCAAACCUACGGCAGACGUCAAAGAUGAAGGGUCUCUUAUCUGGCUAGGUAACAACAUUGGCGAAAUAAUCGAGGUAGAUGUCAUGUCUCAAAGCGUUAUAACGAGUAAAGCAAAUGCCCAUACUCGCCGAGAAAUAAUACGUAUGUAUCGACACAAGAAUGAAAUGUGGACACUUGAUGAUGGUGGCACACUACAUCUGUGGGCUCCCGACAGCACAGGAAGCCCAAGUCUAUCCAACCUAUACCAAAGCUUUCGAGUCCCUAAAGGGCAUACGUUCUCCAUGGUCGUCGGCGACGAACUAUGGCAUGUCAUUGGGAAGGAUAUACGUGUCUUUAUGCCUACUUUAGACGGCACCGCUCAAUUUCAAGUGCUUGCUCGUCCCAUCAGCCAAUCUAACGCCGGAGAUAUUACCUCUGGAACCACUAUAUUAUCACAACCUGGGAAAGUUUAUUUUGGUCACGUUGAUGGUAAAAUCACCAUUUAUUCGUCCAAAGACUUUACGUGUUUGGGGAUUGUCAAUGUCAGCGUAUACAAGGUUACAAGUCUUGCUGGUGAAGGCGGCAUGCUGUGGGCUGGCUUCAGUAAUGGAAUGGUGUAUAUUUAUGAUACCACUCAAUCACCGUGGGCAGUAAAAAAGGAUUGGAAAGCUCACCCUAAUGAGCCUGUAAUCAAACUGGUCGCAGAUCAGAGCAGCUUCUGGUCAUUAGAUCGUGCUCAAGUCAUCUCACUGGGCGCAGACAACGUGAUACGAAUUUGGGACGGCCUAUUACAAGAUGACUGGCUGGGUAAGAUUUCUGAGUUUGAGUGCAAAUACAUGGCUGAUAGAAACGCAGAAACACAAAUGCAGUCCCAUGAAGAAACGUUUUGCGAGUUCAAUCAACUCAAGGCUCUUGUUAUGACAUGGAACGCUGGUGCAUCUACACCAUUUACUCUGCAACAUUCAGAUCAGGACUCGACAUUUUUCCGUGACUUGCUUCAAAACAGUGACUCUCCAGAUAUUUUGAUUUUUGGGUUUCAAGAACUUGUCGAUCUCGAAGAUAAGACAAGAACAGCCAGUAUGAUUUUGUUCUGAUAUCAUCUAUCACUUCUUUCUCACUGACACUUGCUUAGAAAGCUUUUUCAAAUCCAAAAAGAAGGACCCCCACACAGAUCAAGAGAAGAUGAGCCAUCAAUAUCGCGAUUGGCGUGAUUUCCUUACUCGGUGUUUAGAUGAUUACAUGCCGAGAAGUGAUUUGUUCCAUCUCAUACAUACCGCGACUCUCGUUGGAUUAUUUACUUGCGUGUUUGUCAAGGCACAUCUUAGAGAUAGAAUUCGCAGCGUCUCCGGCGCCGAAGUCAAGCGUGGAAUGGGCGGCUUGCAUGGGAAUAAGGUAAGCAAUAUUUCUCAUUUUAAUUUCAUCAGCUUAUAGUUUUCAGGGAGCUCUGGUGGUCAGAAUGCUUCUAGACGAUUCAUCUCUCUGCUUUAUCAAUUGUCAUCUUGCAGCUGGUCAAACGCAAACAAAAGACCGUAACAAUGAUAUCACGGCAAUUCUCGAGGGCAUGAUUCUCCCCAUUGAGCGAGAUCGUGGUGCCCGUCAAGACAGCUAUAUUGGAGGUGGUGAUGGGUCGAUGAUAAUGGACCAUGAAAUAUGUAUCUUGAAUGGAGACCUUAACUACCGCAUCGAUACAAUGGGGAGAGACACGGUAAUUGGCGCGAUCAAAGCAAACAAUCUCUCCAAAUUAUUGGAACGAGACCAACUGCUUGCUUCGAAAAGGAAAAAUCCUUGGUUCAAGUUGCGAGCAUUCAAGGAGAUGCCAAUUACUUUUGCACCAACCUACAAAUAUGAUGUUGGGACAGACAAUUAUGACACUAGCGAAAAGAAGCGUUCCCCUGCUUGGUGUGACAGGAUUCUUUGCCGAGGUCGUGAUCGGAUUCAACAGCUCGACUACCAACGACACGAGGUUCGAGUUUCCGAUCACAGACCUGUAACGGCACAGUUUGACAUGGUCGUCAAGAAAAUAUCGCCCAAACAGCGGAUUAUAAGGUGGGAUGAGUGCCAGAAUCAAUGGGCAGACAUGAAAGAUGGAUAUGGAUAUGAUGCAAAGUAGGUGCCUUCUUCAGUUGACAGGCCUUCUCGUUACUAAUAGAAACAAGGCUUCAUUAUCUUACCGCAAUACUUGGCUUCGAUGUUGCAGGUAGCAAGAAAUUAAUUCUUCAUACCCAGAAAAAUCGAUGA